UGUUGGUCUGACCGAUGCACUUUUGCAGUUAUCACCCGCAUUUGAGUGUCUGUUGUACAUUCAAUAGGUGCCUUCUUCACUGGUGGCUGACUUUUACGUUGAUAGCGCUCAUAGUUUGUUGUGGUCUGGGCUAAUGUCUGUUGUUGGACAAUAGUUGAGACAUCUGAUGUACUGUAGUUUCGUACAUUGAAGGGAAGGGUUCGGUUUAGUGAUGGGACAGAGUGUAAUUUGCGUGUCACAUUCAGACAUUCACAGGCCUGUACGGCAGGCUGACAUGAGAUUUCACAGCACGACAUCAAACCCGAUCAUCUCACUUCAGCCUCACCUUUCACUCUUUGAAGAUGAUCCGCAUUCAUAACCCUCACCACGUGCCGUUUCUGCAUCAGACAGAGCAGCUCCGCCAGGCAGGGACUCUUUGUGACACGCUUCUCACCGUGGAGGGCCUUUCAUUUAAAGCCCACGCUCUGAUCCUAGCGCUGGCGAGCAAGCGACUCAAGCGUCAGUUAACAAACCAGCACGGUCCAGGUCCAGGGUACUGCUGCGCUAUAGAUAGCAUCUCUCCCCACACCCUCAAGCAAAUCUUAGACUAUGUGUACAGCGAAUCGGUGGAGGUGCCCAAAGAUGACCUGGAAGAGCUGCUGAGGGGUGCUGAGUACCUGGAAGUGGAGUCUUUGGUGGAACAGUGUCAAGCACAACUUAGUAGUCCAGAUUCCCCUACUAAGACGGACACAAAAGAGGUAAAGUCAAUCCAAGAUGACAAAACAUACAAGCACACUGAGUUGUUGUCCAAAAGAAGCCACCCUACGGAUAAAGACAACCUCAAUUAUUCUUUAGAAGAAGAACGUUCUUCCACCGAUAAACACCACAAGAGGUCGGUCCAUGAUCCACAAAAGAAAAGCUGUUCUCCCGUGUCUCCUCAGCCUCCCAUCUUCUCCAGAGAAUCCAUCAUCUCCCCCAGCACCCCAUCUCCAUCCCCUCGCUUCUGUUGGCCCCCGGUCAGCCCGUCUCGUAGCAUGGUGUUAAACUGUAGAGAAAUUAUGACCAUCCACUCCCUCCGAGCGUACCCGUACCCCACACCCAUGUACCCCAUCCUGCACCGCUCCCUCCAGCCACAGGUCUCCUCCUCACUUAUGGGUUACACGGGGUUGCUUCACCCCUAUCACCCGCUCAUGCACUCUCCUCCGCUGACUCAAGACAGUCCCUUCGUUUCGGGUCUAAAAGGAAAGAACGCCUCUAUCAGUACAGCUUUAACAGAGUCCGUGUCAGAAAUUCAAGAGAGGAAGCCAAAGGUUCAAGAGGACAGGGAGAUAUGCUGCAGACACUGCGAGAAUAAAGAAGGCAUAUGCUCGUGCAGAAGCUUGCAGAAACACCAACUGGGUGGCAGUUCAGGGGAUAUGGCGUUCAGGUGUAAGUUCUGUGGCCGAGGUGGACGGGACAGGCGAUCUCUGCGCUCACUCAGGAGGGGCGUCGGGGGAGAGAAACCUUACCAGUGCAAACAGUGUAGCAAGAGGUUCAGCCUUAAACACCAGCUGGACACACAUCUCCGGGUCCACACAGGUGAAAAACCUUUUGAGUGUCGGCUGUGCGGCCAACGUUCUCGUGACUAUUCGGCUAUGAUCAAGCACCUGCGCACUCAUGGCGGCGCCACACCUUACCAGUGCACCCUGUGUCUGGAGUUUUGUAGCAGCCUGGCAGCCAUGCAGAAACACCUGAAGAAUCACCCCACGCAGGACUUCCCUCCGGACUGGAGCCUGAACAGCACAUACCUGUACAUCUGCCACACUUGACCAUGCAAAUACUGGACAUUUGAGUCCAGGGGGAUAAAAUGUGUAGAUAUGGAACAUUUAAAUGCAGUUUUGUUAUUUUUAUUACUUUUAUGAAUCUAUUUUAAAGUCAUUUUACAAAUAUUAUAAUAUAUAUUUAAUUUACAUAAAAGGGACAUUUAUGCCAAUGAUGGAUGUUUUCUUUGAAGACUUCUAGUUAGGUGAACAUUGCACCCACCAAUUAAGAUAAAGUAGAGUGUAAUUUGCCAAUGCUUAUUUUCGCUGUGAAGUAUCACAAUAGCAUACAAAAUACAUGUUUAUUUAUUGAGCUGGUGAAAUCUGAACAUUUAUGUAAGCACUCACUAUGUGAUCUAGUUACACACUGUAUACAAUCUUUUAAUAAAAGCAUUAUGAUUAAAACAG